AUGCGUAGGCUUAUCCUGCUGCUGCCGCAGCUGCUGCACCUAGGACUCGCUGCUGGGCAGCUCGUCUAUCAGGUAAGGGAAGAACUACUGAAUGAAUCGACCGGGAACUUCAGCGCUUCCUGCUUCCUUAGCUUGGAGUUAGUGGUCAAGCAGCCUGUACAUGUUCAUGAUGGAAAAGUGGAGGUACUGGACAUCAAUGACAACGUCCCCAGGUUCCCCCGGCAGGAGUACAGCUUGGAGAUCAGUGAAUCUGCUAUGCCGGGGUCUUGCUUUCUUAUGGAGAGCCUGCAAGAUCCCGACGUGGGUUCCAACUCGGAAAAUUACCAGCUCACCCCCAGUGAGCACUUCGGGCUGGAUCUGCAGAACUUGAAGCCUGGCAGCAAACUCUUGGAGCUGGUACUGCUCCAACCCUUGGACCGAGAACAGAGCACUCACCAGCAGUUGAUGCUGGUUGCCUUGGAUGGAGACAAUCCUGCUAAAUCUGCCACUGCUCAAAUCUCUGUGGGGGUCUUAGAUAUCAAUGGCAACAGCCCAGAAUUUGAUCUUAGCAUUUACAUGACGACCCUAUUAGAAAACAUAGAGCCAGGCAUGCUAGUUGUAAAACUGAAGGCCUUGGAUCCAGACGAGGGCUCCAAUGGUGACUUGCUGUAUUCUUUCAGCAGCUACACUCCACAGAAAGUGUGUCAACUGUUCACUGUGCAUCCAGUAUCAGGAGAGAUGAGGGUCAAUGGAUCUUUGGACUACGAGGAAGACAUCUCCUAUGAAAUCUAUGUGCAAGCCACGGAUAAGGGCUCUGUUCCUAUGAUUGGUCACUGCAAGGUGCUCAUUAACAUUGUGGAUGCCAAUGAUAAUGCCCCUGAAGUGGUGCUGUCUUCCUUGUACAGCCCUGUUUCUGAGGAUGCUCCGGUUGGAACUGUAGUAGCUGUGCUGAAUGUUAUUGACUUGGAUUCUGGCCUGAACAGGCAAGUCAGUAUAAACAUUCCUGCCAACCUUCCUUUUAAACUUAAUUCUUUCAAAAAUUCUUAUACUCUUGUCACGAGGACUUCUAGUUACAACAUUACAAUCACUGCCACAGAUGCUGGAACACCUCCACUCUCUUCCCAUAAAAUAAUUAAAAUAGAUGUUUUUGAUAUCAAUGACAACUCACCACAGUUUGAAGAACUCUCUUACUCUAUUUAUAUACCUGAGAACAAUGCUCCUGGAUCUACUCUAUGCACAACAAAGGGCAUUGAUUGUGAUGCUAAUGCAAAUGCCUGCAUUUCCUACACUUUGAUAAUGGAAGAAAUCCAAGGGCUACCUGCGUCCUUCGAUGUCUCUAUUUAUGCUGUCAGAUCCUUUGACUAUGAAACACUGAGGAAAUUCCAGAUUGUUGUGCAGGCUAAAGACUCAGGGAUGCCAUCUCUCAGCAGCACAGCCACUGUACACAUCUAUGUGCUGGAUCAAAAUGAUCAUGUGCCACAAACUUUUUACCCCAUCUCUAUGAAUAAUUUAACAGCCAUAGAGAUGAUUCCUGACUCAGCCAGUUCUGGAUACUUAAUCACUAAAGUGAUAGCCAUUGAUGGAGACUCAGGACAAAAUGCAUGGCUGUUUUUUCAUCUAGCCCAAACAUCUGUUCCAAACAUCUUUAGAGUAGAGGUUCACAGUGGGGAAAUUUGGACUACUGAAAAACUGAGGGAGGCAACAGAGGCUACGUUCAAUCUUACCAUCAUAGUGAGGGACAAUGCAGAGCCACCCUUAUCUUCCUCUAUGUCAGUCAUCGUUGUGGUGAACAGGGCUUCCCAAAUCAUUCCUGACUUUGGAAGACACGUUACAGGUUCCAGAAAUUAUUCUGAAAAAACUUUGUUCUUGUUGUGA